AUGGCGGAAGCAUUGACAAAGGCGGUAGCCCGCCAAGCACCCAGCUUCAAGCUCGGAACGAAACCAGUCUUCCUGCCGAAUCAUGUCAUCACCCUCAUUCGCAAGGACCGCGCCCCCGCGAACUGGGCGACCUUCAACGUGCCUCUGACCUUCACAAAGUUCGACCUGCGCGACUAUCUCUGGAACCUGUACGACGUCGAGGUGACGGCGGUACGGUCAUGGGUUAAGGAGGCGCCCAUCGAGCGCAAGGGCGCGUCGUCGGGCUACUACCGGCCGCAAAGUCAGAAGUUCAUGACGGUGCAGAUGAAAAAGGCAUUUGUGUGGCCCAGCCCGCCCGAGGACCUCGAGCCGUGGAACAAGAAGCUGUGGGACGCGCGCGAGGCGACGUCGCAGAAGCAGUACCGCGCGGACGUCGCCCGUCAGCUCGGCAGGCUGGCGUACCCGAGCAAGGAGAAGGAGAGCACCGACCGGAAGAAGCUGCGCCAUGUGGCUUCCCGGAUGGUGGAGGGCAAGCUAGCGUUCAAGAACAACAUCGAGUUGGACAGCAAGUGGGACCAGAUCGUCAAGGCGGCCAAGGUGGGGGGAAGAAAGUCAUCAUGA